UAUUGACGGCCUUCACAUCUCGUAAUCCGCCACCCUUAGCCAGAUGCGGGAAAAGCUGUCGGUCGUCGGAAUCACGCAGGCGGUCUCCGUUCCUCUUCUUCCUCUGGUCCGGCAGCCAUGGCGUCCAACGGGAGCAGCACGGUGGUGGGAGAGAUGCAGAGCAGCUUGGAGCGGGUGAGGCGGCAGCUCUCCUCCACCUCCACCCGGCAGCUCCUCCAGGGCCCUCUCUUGAAGCGAUCCGACACGCUAAGAAAAUGGAAUGAGCGGUGGGUCAUACUUGAUCCUACAACUGGAAAGAUAGAGUACAAGGUUCGUAGAAGUGACAAAGAUGUUAGGGGAGUAAUUGUGUUUGAUACAACAACCACGGUGACAUUAUCACCUAUGAACUUUCAUGGGCUGGCGAAAUAUGAUGGAUGCUGUUUCUAUAUUGGAACUCCACAGAAAAAGGAAUACUUUCUUUGUGCAGAAACUCCCAGCGCUGCAAGAGCAUGGGUAUCCACUUUACAUGCGGCUCAGUUGGUAUUACAGGCUCAUAAGGAGGCGGUGAAUUCAUUGGGUGAGAAUGGUCCUGCAAAAUUGGGAACAGUUGCUACUGUUGUGGCUAUAGCCAAUUCCACUGCAAUUGAAGCAACAAAGGAGGUGGAAGCCGCAAUGAAGAUUUCCUUGCGGGCAGCUUUGGGCUCAACUACAAAUAAACUUACCAAAGGUCAAUUAGAUGAUCUUACAAUAAUGAUGGAGACCCUUCGAGUUAAAGAUGACGAACUCCACCAGUUAUUGCAGGAUAUUCGUGCACGUGAUUCUACAAUCAAUGAGAUUGCAGAUAAAUUACAGGAGACUGCAGAGGCAGCUGAAACUGCUGCCUCUGCAGCACGUUCAAUUGAUGAAGAGAGAAGAUAUUUGUCGUCAGAAAUUGAGCGCCUGAAACAAGAUCAUGAAAAACAAGUUGAAGUAUCUCUACUUCGGUUAAGGGAAUCAGAGGAGAAAGCAAAGCUUCUUGUCGAAGAGAGAGAUCAUUUACUUACAGAGAGAGAUUCUGCUCUUCAAGAAGCUCAAAUGUGGCGCUCGGAACUAGGAAAAGCUAGAGGAAAUGCUGUAAUUCUAGAAGCAGCCGUUGUCAGAGCUGAGGAGAAAGCUAGGGUUUCAGCAGCAGAUGCGGACUUUCGCGUAAAGGAAGCCAUGAGCAGACUUGAGUCUGCCAUAAAAGAAAAGGAAGAUCUCUUAGCUCUUGUGGACGCGCUGCAAUCACAAAUUAAAAGGCAAGAAACUAGCACAAUACAAGUUUGUGAAGAGAGCUCGGAGCUCUGCUCUACCACUUCAAAGCAUGUGGAAGAUGAUAAUGUGGAUAAGGCUUGCGUAAGUGAUACAGACCCAAUACCUGUUGCAGAGAACAUUGUCGAGUUAGAUGACGAGGGAGUUGAUAUACGUACAAUUGGGGACACUGAGUGGGGCAAUCCUCAUUCUUCUGAAGUAUCUGAUGUAAGGGAAGUAACAACAGAGCCUGAAGAAAACAGCUUGGAUAUUCCUGUUGAUACUUGACUGCCAACUGGUUACUGAGAAUGAGGCCAAACUGAACUGUAGCAUUCUUGUUCACCGUGAUCAGUUGUACUAUUAGAUUAUCAUCUUAGUUCAUUUAUAAGACAUUCUUUUUCAAGUUGCAGUAUGAGUUUGUCAACGUGAAUCCCUUCAAGUGUGUGCUCUGUGUCUGCUGAAAUAAAAUAGCAACAUCUGUGCUGAGUGUGAGUGUACAUCUGAACUUCCAUGUUUAGAAGUUCAGCUUUGGCAAUUUUUUCUCAUUCUGGAUAUUAGUGUUGUGUUCUCCUCUAAAGUAAGUUUGUAAUGUAAUUUUUUCUAUUUA